CACACACACACACACACACACACACACACGGCUCCAGAAAAGCUCCUCACCUCAUCAUGUUGUAUUCCCUUGCCUCACCCCGCACCCAUUCCAAUUGCAUGAAAUUGCUGUCAUUUUAUCUUUGGGGUUGCUGUUGACAGGGGUUUUCCACUCCACCACACUUCUUUUUCAGAUUCAAUCUGUAGGUUUUAACGGCUUGUUCUGAUCCACAACAACAGCAACAGCACCUCUACGAUGAAACGGGUCAACAUUUACACAGACAAAUCCUCAGAUUCGGAUGCCAAAGCCAAGCUACUGGCACGGGGUAUUCAGCGAUGUGGCACUGCUCUCGAAGUCGAGAUUAUGGAUGUGGCCAAGACACCCAAAGAUGCCGGUUUGUCCGAUUUCACAAGUCAGACAUCGGAAGUGGACAAUGAGCCCUUGCUGAAUGCCGACGCUCUAUUGUUCCCGACAACUGGCACGCUCUCGGUAUUUGAGAAGCACUUUUUAAACAAUUGGGACGAGGGCCCUUUGCGCGGUAAAAAAUACGGCGUGCUUAUGGCGAACAAGACGACGUUCGACGGACCCAGUGCCACGGAAGGACAUACGCUUGACAACAAGCUGAUCGAGCGUCUCGCGCAGCAAGGGCUAUCCCAUUUCCCUGUUGUCGUUGAGCGCACGGAGGACGACCAAGAGAUCGAAACGGCAGGCGAGCGCUUCAUCAAGUCAGUUUUUCCAUAAACAACAAUAAAAGACAGAUGAUUUGCGAUGGUAAUGCAAUGCCGAAUUGUGGAGGAAAAUCAUCGGAACAGCACACGUGAAAAGCCGAUAACAUUUCACGUGUCGCCCACUCCGAGGAAGGGUUGAACUUGUAAAAAAAAAAGUGUGUAUGCGUAGAGUUAA